AUGUACCUCCGGGACAUGCACAACACCAAGGGGCACAUAUCGGAAAUCACCACAGGCACCUGGCACCCCACGGACAAGAGUCUUUGCGUUACGGCCGGCACCGACAGCACGCUGCGCAUCUGGGACGUCAACAAUAAGCGUUCCCAAAAGGAGGUGGUUGUCUUCAAGUCCAAGGCGACCGGUUCCGCUGGGCGAUCCAAGAUGACGGCCGUCGCGUGGAAAGGCGCCCCGUCGGGCGGGAGCAGCAUCCUCGUCAGCGCCGCGCUGGAUGGAACGCUCCUCAUGUACGGCGGCAACGGGCCCUUUAGGAGGCCUGCCGGCGAAAUCCUCGACGCGCACAAGCCUCAGACGUGGACGGGAGGCAUCGACAUCUCCUCUGACGGCCGCAUGGUCGUCACCAGAGGCGGCGACGAUCUCAUCAAGCUGUGGGAUACGCGCAAGUUCACCAAGCCCCUCGUCAGCGUGACGCAUCCUUCCACCUCGGAUCACCAUCCAACCAGCAACAUCCGCUACUCGCCCAACUCUACCAGUAUCAUCACUGGCUCCGCCACAGGCCACCUUCACAUCCUCAACCCGGGCAACCUGCGGCCCGAACACGUCACGCUGAUUACAGCGGGGUCGCCCCUCAUCACCGUCGACUGGCACCCCAAGAUCAACCAAAUCGUCACUGGCUCGGCCAACGCCAAAACACAUGUCCUGUACAGUCCGGCCCUGUCGACUCGAGGAGCGGUCGAUGUCAUGUCUCGCGCACCCAAGAAGCGUCACAUUGACGACAAUCCCGAACAUACAAUGGACCAGUCGGUGGGUAUUUCGGGAGACUCCAUCGUGACCCCCGGCGCCUUGCUCGGCUCUCGAAAGGCGGGCGUCACGGGCACGGGCAGGUCCAAGGAUCCGAGGCGGCCUCAAGUGCCGCAGCAGACGCCCUUUCAGAAGACGCAGCCGGACGAGAAGCUCGUGGCCGAGAACAUACCCCUGGCCCGCAUGCUGCACGAGGACCCGCGCGAGGCCCUGUUGAAGUACGCCAACCAGGCACAGAGCGACCCCAUGUUUACCAAGGCCUGGAGCAAGACGCAGCCCACGACGCAGUAUGCGGAGCUUAGCGAUGACGAGGACCAAGGGCCGGACAAGAAGAAGACGAAGAGAUGA